GCCCAGUCUCUUCGGUGAGGUGUUCUGCCUCAUGGGGCUGGAGGCGAACCAGUUCGUCUUCACGGAGCAGGACAAGAACUUGGACCAAGCACUGGGAGGUGUUGUUGGCACGGCGGUAUCUGGCAAGAAGACCAUGGGAACGAAGGAGCGCAAGUCCACGGAGUCGGGGAAGAUCUUCGACAAG